AUGAUGGAAACACCCCGUUCAUAUACGAUCGCUGUCCUUCCUGGAGAUGGAAUAGGCACUGAAGUCAUGCCUCCAGCUCUACGGUGCUUAGAAUCGGCUGCAAAAGUGUUUGGGUUCAAGUUGAUAUUUCAACACUAUACAUGGGCAUCGUGCACCUACUAUCUUCAGCACGGAAAAAUGCUUCCAGACGAUUGGAAAGAGCUGUUACAGGCAUGCGAUGCUAUAUAUUUUGGAGCAGUCGGUGACCCUUCUACGGUGCCAGACCACAUUUCAUUGUGGGGAAGCUUGCUUUUGUUCAGACGGGAAUUUGACCAGUAUAUCAACCUGAGACCAUGUCGUCUUAUUCCUGGAGUAAAAUCCCCCUUAGCUAAUCGAGACAAUAAGCCUAUUGACUUUGUCACCGUUCGGGAGAACACCGAGGGCGAGUACAGCUCUAUUGGAGGAAGGAUCUUCGAGGGUACCGACCGUGAGACCGUCAUCCAAAACACGGUGUUUACCAGGACCGGUGUGGACCGAGUCGUACGAUACGCUUUUGAACUGGCACGCAGUAGGCCUGCUAAAAAGCUUACCUCUGCAACAAAAUCAAAUGGGAUAUCGAUCACAAUGCCUUACUGGGACGAGCGGGUCGAGGCAAUAGGAAAGGAAUACCCGGAUGUUACGGUAGAGAAAUAUCAUAUUGACAUCCUCUGUGCCCACUUCGUCCAGCGUCCUCAUACCUUUGAUGUCGUUGUUGGAUCCAACCUUUUCGGAGAUAUUUUAUCAGAUCUUGGGCCUGCAUGUACUGGAACCAUCGGGAUCGCACCCUCAGCAAACUUAAACCCCGCAGCCAAACGAGGAGAUAAAAAUUGGAUGCCAAGUUUGUUCGAGCCCGUGCAUGGAAGUGCCCCUGAUAUCGCAGGAAAAGGAAUCGCCAACCCAAUUGGCAUGAUCUGGGCAGGACAAAUGAUGCUCGAGCACCUCGGAGAGAAGGAUGCAGCCAAUGCGGUAAUGAGGGCAAUUGAAGUAGUUCUCAGUGGAGCCAAGGAAGCGCAGCUCAGAGGAGAACAAGACGUCCUGACACCGGAUAUGCAUGGGAAGGGAACAACUGAAGGACUUGGGAGUGCCAUUGAAAGAGAGAUUCUCAAGUCAGCAAAGAACUAA